AUGCGGCCAGGACCCGGGCUGGUCGUGAUGGCGCUUGCGUUUAUUUCGGGGGCUCGGCGUGGCAGCACCAGCAGCAGCAGUAGUAGCAGCAGUAGCAGCACCAGUGGCAGCUCAGCAGCAACGUUACCGUCCACCUACGACUCGACGACUGAGUCAGCGGAAACAAACCUUAAAUCUGGCAGUGGAUCCUUUCUGCUGCCAACAUUUCUGCUCGGCGGCGGUAGCACCUUUGACGGCGGCGGCGGCGUGCGCGCCCUUCGCCCACCGCAACAACAAGACCAGCAACAGGAUUCAGAUCAAGGCCAGGCUGCGUUUGGUUUUGACUCGCAUCGCCGGCCCGCGCACGCCGCUCCGCUACAUUUGCAGUUGCCCUCCCAUCUGCGGUUGCAUUACGACGAUCCACGCGCGCGUACCGAAUUGCGACGUGUGCGCAGCCUGGAGUCGGGCCAGAGCGACGAUAGCGCCAGCGCUAGCGAUAUAGUGGGACGCGCCGGUGGUACAGAGGUGGCAGCAACAGGGAAAGGAGCAGCAGUUUCCGCAGCCCAAGGUCCCGAGUCCAGCGAAGCCACGCUGCUCGAGGAGGGCACCACCGACGAGGAGGACGACAGCGAAGCGGCAUCAUCUGGCGGCCUUCCUGUACAGUUUCCCUCGCAGGCUAACGACGAGUCAUUGCGCGGCUUUGACGAGGACGCCGACAUUUUUGCCUUAGUGGCCGAGGGCGACUUGCUGUCGGAGGAGUCCUUUGAUCACCUGGUCAAGUUAAGCGAGUACGCGACCAACGAAGAGGACGACAAGAUUGCUGACACAAACGAAGACGCUGACUACAGCAGCAGUAGCAGCAGUAGUGGACUCGCUGCUAGACUGACACUGGGUGCUGCAUCAGAGAACGAAUUGCUGCCUUUGGAGAGCUAUAAAGAAGUAGAGACGGACACUGAGACGGACCCUGAGACGGACCCACAGACGAAGCAGCCUCAGCGCGUCGAAAGUCAGCCAAACAACGAUAGGGACGAACGUGAGCAUCAGGAGCCGCAGCUGCUCCGAGGUGGCAACAGCAACAGCAACAUCGGCAGUAACAACAACAAGCGUGAAGCCAACGAGCUCCCACUACCUAAGCAAAGCGUUGGCGUUUAUGCCGCGCGACUAGUUGGUCAGCAGAACGGCGGUAUUGCUGCUCCCGACCAGAGCGCUGCUGUUGUCGAUAAGAUCAGUUCUGAGUCAGCAACUGUUAAAAGGCUCGGCGCUUUGGAACUUAAGAAGUCCAUACUAGGCACUACAUCCCCACUAACACGCCUUAAUCCUUGGAUAUCAGCUUGUGAUCUGGCACAGCCGGGCACAGGCACCGACUUGCAGGGUCAGUGCUCGGCUGGCACACUGCCCAUGGCCUGGGUCGAUGAGGGACCCGGUCCGCCAACUUGUCCGCGUUCGUGUGCCGAACAGCAGCCCAUAAAUAGUAAUAAUAAUAAUAAUUAUUAUUAUAAUAAUAAGCAGCAGACGCAGCCAAAUGAUAAUAAGAUGAAGUAUUUCAUUAAUAACAAUAUAAACACGAAUACAAAUACAUUUAACUAUAAGUCGCAUACGCAACAGGCAACACAAUCAACAAGCGAUAUGGCCGAUCAGCUAAUUGAGAAUAUUGAUGACCGCUUUAAGGAGACCAUAAUGUCGCCCCAUCCAAGUCAUUUGCGUGCCGAGCGCGCCCAUGCAGACGCGGGCGAAGCGCCACAACAACAACAACAACAACAACAACAACAACAGUGCCUUGAUUAUCUGGGCGAUGCCGCCGAGACCAGUCCCCAGCAUUUGUGCAGCCUGAAAGCACCCAGCCAGCUGUUAACGCGUCUGCGGCAACUACGCCUGCGCAACUGCUGUGAACGGAGUGUGUUCAGUGCGUUGCACACGUUGGCCCUCAAUGCCACGCUCAGCGACAGUGAGGAGUGUGAACGGAUACUGGGCAAUCUAUUGGAUGUAGAUGCGUUGGCAAAUCGCAUUACCUGCGAACUGGCCGAGAUACUUUUUCGCUUCGACUGCCGGCAAAUGUAUUCGCUGAUCAACCAGUGCGACGACUGCAAGGAAGCGUAUCGUCGAUGGGUCUGCAGCACUCUAGUGCCAUACUUUGCCGAGCACGAGGAUAUUGCUGCAACGCCCACGGCCAAAGCAAAGACUGCGACAAGCCAGCCAGUCGAUGACCGGAGCACGACGGCGACGAAGAGCAAACGCACAGCGAGAAAUGUGGGAGAAGGCGUGGGCGGAAACAAGCAUAAAUCUUUGGAAUUAAUCAGCAAUAACAAUAAAUCAAAUAUCGGUAAUAACAUGAACGAACGCCAAAUUAAUCAGGAGCUCGAUGACUGGAGUGAUGCCGACGGCAAUGGCGACACAAAUAGCGACAGCGAUGUUGCAAAAACAUUGGCCGAAACCUUCUACAAUGUCGUUGGCCUUGCCAAUAGCUACGACACCUACAACAAUAGCAACAACGAGCGUUUAUUGCGACGCAGAAAACGCAAUUCCAGUGGACGUUGCAAGCAACCCGAGCAGUUGCUUAUGGGCCAAGAACAACAACAACAAGAACAACAGCAACUAGAAAAACAACACUUUAAUAACUUCAUAUCGACUGCCAAUAAUGAGGAUCCUUGUGCAACGGAUCCAGUGAUAUCAAAACUGCAAAAGAGAUCAACCCGAAAGGCAGAGUUUCGAAAGCGCCGUCGUAUCAGACCCUGCCUGAGCGUGUGCCAAACAGUGGAACAAAAGUGUCCCUACCUGCUGCCUGCCGAUCGGGCGCCAGCGCUGCCUACCCAAUAUGCCGGUGAGCCGACAUUUGUCUGCCUAGAUCAAAAUAUACCCGAAACAGGUGAACAACUGAAAAAGUCUAGCUAUGGGCCCAACAGUUGCUGCUACACUUACUGCAAUGGGGUCGAUCGAGGCCUGUGCACGGUUUGUGAUGCAUUUGCUCUGCCGGAAGACACCGCUACGUCCACAAAUAGGACGCGACAUGUGCACAACAUCACGCUGACGCUGGGUCCGGCUACAGGCGAGCAUGCACGAGCCGCCAGUGUGGCUCUGGCGCUAAAGAAUGUGAGCACCGCCCCGGCGGAUCAGACGCUGGAGAAAUUGCGUUAUUAUGCGCACCACGACAGUAUAUAUUACUACGAUGAUGACGACGACGAUGUUGUUGGCACAAACAUGCCCGAUAAGCCGCUCUCCGAUGGCUGUGCCCCCGUACCCUCGGUCUCCACUCGCUGCACCAUCCCCUACUAUGCCUCCAGCAGCUACCCCCAGCGGAUGCAGGCACCGCAGGCGCAGAAACAGCAGCUGCUGCUCGUCUGUCUGAGCGCACUACUCGGUCUGCUGAGCAGCUGUGGUGCGGCUCGGCAGCGGCGCCAGCAGCGGGGCGUACGUGGGUGGCGUUCCGUAAACUGUGCGCCGGACUGCCACGAGCUAAUGGAUGCGCGCCAGAGCCUUAAAGUCGCCGAUGCUGGACACAGCAAAAGCGAUGGUAUCAGUGCCAGUGCCAGUGCCAGUCAUGCAAAGAAGGGCAAGUCGACGCCCAAGUGGCGCGUUCGAGCGACGAAGUGCAUCAGCAUCAGGAGAAACUACAACCAGGGCGGGGAUGGGGGCGGGCAUAGCGGUAGGAAUAGGAAUUAUCGCUACUUCUACUAUUAUAACUACAACAUUAACGAUUGGUGGCGAAGAUGGCGGCUGGACGGGUUAUAGUGCACGCAAAAAGUAUGCGCACAAACAACAUACUUGUACACACACACUCACAAUCGAAGGCACUCGAAGAUGUCAGGACAAAUGUCAUUCAUUAUAGUACUUACUAUAGGAAACUGAAGCUAGAUAAAUUAAACGAACGACACGAAGAAUGGCAAAACGAAGAAGAGUCAACGUAAGGAACGCAAUUAGCAUAAAUAGUAAAAUGUAAAGAAAAUAAAUAAAACAAAACAAAACAAAAAACAAACAAGCAAAGAAAACAAAACAGGAGUAACUCGAAGCAACUAACGAAAUUACAAAAG